AUGCCUGUCCCCUCUCCCCCCACCGCUGUCCCCUAUCCUCCAUCUUCUGUCCCCAAACCAUGUCUGUCCCCUUCCUCCAUCCCUGUCCCCUGUCCCUAUCCUCUGCCCCCACUCUCUGUGCCCGUCCCCUAUCCUCCAUCUCUGUCUCCUGUCCCCAUCCCUGUCCCAUCUCCUGUCCCCACCCCUGGCCCCUAUCCUCCAUCUCUGUUCCCCGUCCCUACCCACCGUCCCCAUCAUGUGCCGGUCCCCUAUCCUCCAUCUCUGUCCCCUCUGCCCUGUCCCCCAUGCCUGUCCCCUUCCUCCAUCCCUCACCCUUGUCCCCUUCCUCCAUCCCUGUCCCCAUCCCCUGUGCCUGUCCCCUAUCCUUCAUCUCUGCCCCGUGCUGUUCCCCUGCAAGCCGGGCAGUCCCUGCACCCCUUCCCGGAGCCCUGCAUCCCAAGGGGGCACUGCGGCAACCACAUCACCUCCCACGGGCUGGCGCUGAACUGCUGCACCGACCUCACCUGGUUCGACCACAUCGUCCCCUGCGGGUUGGAGGGAAAAGGCGUCACCUCGCUGAGCCGUGAGCUGGGGCGGCACGUUACCGUCGACAACGUCCUCGAACCCUUCCUCGACUCCUUCCAGGAGGUGUUUGACUGCACCUUGGUCUUUUCGGAAGACCCCGGGGACUAG